AUGAGGAAUAAGAAUCCUCAUGUGACCACGGAGGUUCAAAUGCGAAAAACUCAGGAAUCUCAAAUGUCUCUUCAAGACGAUACCAACAGCUUUGAUCCGACGGUUACUCAUGACGAUUUUCUUGAUCAAAUGCUUUCCGGGUUGCAAACCACCGUUUCCUGGCCGGACAUAUCAGCCGGCAACGGUGGAGGUGGUCAAAACAAAUCACCACUACUCCCCUGGGACGUUGACCAUUUCGAUGAUCAGUCAGCAUUUCUAUCAUCCAAGCUCCGCCAACAUCAGAUCAGCGCCGCCGCCGGAGGUCGUACUCCGUCUUCUGCGCUGAAAUCGUUGCAACUGUCUAGAGGUGCCGGUGAAUCCGGCCUCUUUGGAAACGAUAACAUCGACGAUUCAUCUUUCAAGUCGCCGAUUGGAGAUAAUACUUCAAUUCAAAAUCUAUUUCAUGGGUUCACCGGAUCUCUGACAUCCAACCAAACCCAGCAAUUCCGUAAUCCACCGGCCCAAAACUUCGGAUCUCCGGGAACGGCAACGGCGGUGAUGAACCAAGUACAGACAUCAGCGGGAGGUGGCGGUGGUGGAGUACCAUCGCAGCCGCGACAAAGAGUGAGAGCCAGAAGAGGACAAGCAACUGACCCACACAGCAUAGCCGAAAGAUUACGGCGGGAGAGGAUUGCGGAGAGGAUGAAAGCUCUACAGGAACUGGUCCCGAAUGCCAACAAGACAGACAAGGCUUCAAUGCUAGAUGAGAUCAUAGACUAUGUCAAAUUCCUCCAGCUCCAAGUCAAGGUGCUGAGUAUGAGCAGAUUGGGAGGUGCAGCUGCUGGUGCCAUUGCUCCCGUUGUUGCCGAGGGCAGUGGUGUAGGGCGGAGCAGUAACGGGACGGCGUCAUCCUCAAACAAUGACACCAUGACGGUAACGGAGAAUCAGGUGGUGAAGCUGAUGGAGGAGGAUAUGGGGUCCGCCAUGCAGUAUUUACAAGGGAAAGGUCUUUGCCUUAUGCCGAUUUCACUCGCUACUGCUAUCUCCACUGCCACCUGUAACCCUUCCUCCGCCUCUAGGAGCAACCUCCCGUCGUUAGGCGGUGGUGGAGAGGGUGGUGGGCCCUCCUCCCCCAACAUGUCCGUCUUAACAGUUCAGUCGGCUAAUGGGGUCUCUGUCAAAGACUCUCCGUGAUGUUGGCCGUUGACUUCCGACUACUGACCUUUUCAAAGAAAAAAAAAGACGUACGACAAGUUUAUCAGCUAUUUCUCCGGCGACCGUCUAUCAAGUCUAACAAACAUCAAGGGGUGUUUUUGAAAUUAAUUGUAACCAUUGGUCCAAAUGCUUUAUGUGACGCCGUUUUGGUUUUUAUGCUUUAAAUCUUCUAUUGA